AUGCCAAUGCCCACUCGUGUUCUUGCGCUCUGUGAAGACCAUGCUCAACCUUUGAUCAGGCUUGUUAAGAGUAAGGGCAUGAAGGGACGCCACUGCUGGGGCUCGGUGGAAAAGCAACCGCUUUGCACAACGCCUACAAAUUUCAAGAGGCAUCAAAAAGGCAUCGCAUUCGGAGAUUUGCCUAGAACGUUCCAGGAUUUUGUGAACAUCGCACGAUCCAUCGGCAUUAAAUACAUCUGGAUUGACUCUCUUUGCAUCAUACAGGGCAAUAGUCGGGAUUGGCACUCGGAAGCAGAGAAGAUGGGAGAUGUCUACCGAAAUGCGGCUUUCGUCAUAGCUGCCUCGGGCGCAGAAGACUCUAGCCAGGGACUGUUCAUAAACGACCGAUUAGCCGAAAAGGUCUUUAGGUUGCCUUACAGAACAGCUGACGAAGUCAAAGGAACAUUCAACAUUGUGCAAUCGCCUAACGAACCGGACUGGCACCCAGCACAUGGUCCUCUAGAAACUCGGGCAUGGGCACUUCAAGAACGUUAUCUUGCGCGACGUUUGAUCACUUUCAUGUCACGUGGCAUCACAUGGAGGUGCGAUUCAAUAUCAGUAAAUGAGGCAGAGGAACCCUUCUUGGAUAUUCGCCGAAACCAUUGUUGGGCCUUGCUCUUAAGUGAAUAUACAAGACGAGCUUUGACAUUCCCCUCAGAUCGUACCGAGGCUAUACGAGGAGUUGCUGAAGAGCUUCAACUUUCUCGGACGGAUCGAUAUAUUCCAGAUUACGGUGUCUGGGAGGACCAGCUUACGAAUCAGCUGCUUUGGUACAAAGAUGGUCCAUUUUUUGACAAUGGUAGACUGUCUCACAAGCCCUCAUGGAGUUGGAUCACUACUGGAAGUGCUAAAAUAUGGUCUCAGGAGAUUCUCUUGAUGGAUUCUGAUGGUGAAGCGUCUGUCAUACCGCCAUCGACUCGGACUACAGUGGGGAGUGCGAAGAUAUGGCUGCAAAAGGUUUUGGCUGCGAGACCUGUGUUCCUCGAGACAAUGUCCAACGAAUUGGCGAUCACCUUUGAAGGAAGUCUUCAGGUUUUAGGUCACUUGAGCACCGCUACACCAGCUCCAAGCUAUGUGCGAGACAGGUACACCGCACGUGACCUGCAGGUGCCGGAAGUACGAUCUUUCUACGACGGAUGGAGUGAACAACCCGCUUCCUCCUACAUUCUCACGCAAGAUAUCGAUGACGAUUAUGAUCAAACAAAUCUUGGGUCUGCACGUUUCGACGACGACGCGAUGAAGUCAUACAGUCACGCAUGGUUCCUUGGAAAGCAAAUAUUCAAGAGCGAACCAUUGGUCCGGAAACCAUUCGUGAAACGUGAAUUCAUUGAUGACGUAGUCUACCAUACAGAGCAUAAUCCGGAAUUUGUCUACUGGGCGCUUCUUCUCGAGCGAGUAGACGAGAGCAGAUACAAACGCGUUGGCAUUGCGGUCCUCUUGCCCGUGGCGUAUAAGGCCUUUCAAACGCAGCUUCAGAAGUUCCAAAUCAUUUAG